GUCGCUGCGUGCCACUCCUGUGCAACACACAUCCCAUGUUCCUCCGGUAAAUUAUUCAUACGUUGUUAAGUCUGCAGCAGCCAAGAGUCAGAGUCAGAGUCAGGGAGCAUGUUGGAAAAGAGGGAAGGAAGAAGAAAAAAAAAAAAUCUCCCAAGUCUUCAAACCGGACGCAUGAAACGCGCAGGGUGCACCGUCUGACGCACGGCGCAAACUAUGAGGGAACAGAAAACACGGAAAACGGACAACCUGCAAACCAGUUCUGUGAGGUGAGGUGAAAUAUUUAUACCGCUGUCACCAUGGGAGGAUGACAGUUGGAUUGGGAUUUUCUUUACAGGACGAAAGAAAAGAAAUAAUCCAAUCAGUUUGUGACCUGCGCGGACUUUGUUGUUUGUUGUCAAAUUUCAGGUCUCUCAUGAUCAGGAAGUAUCCUGUGGCCCCUAGAACCUACACCGGGGCCUCCAUGACUACAGAGUACCAGCAGAAAUUCCUCCCCCCACGCCGCUUCUCAGCCUCAAAAUCCAAAGCCCACUAUCAUCCACUGAAAGGAUCAGGGGCCGACAUGUCCUCCUCCAGGUCGUGCAUUGCAGCCCAGAAAUGGAUAAAGUAUCCACCAGCAGUGACACCCAAAGACCCAUGGAGACCUACCAGCUAUCAGUACAGUCCUCUGCACUCUAUGGCAAACCAAAAAGAGGAAAGCAUAUCAGCGUAUACAUAUGAUUUCCAACCAUGGAAAGCCGAAAAGCGCCUGCCAUAUAGACCGAUGGACAACUUAAAAGUCAACCAUGGUACGUUUUACGCAGAGAAUACAACUGUGGGAAAUUGCAGCUUCAAGAAUUGUGUUCCACCAGCAGACAAACAGGUCUUUGAAAGCAUCACCAGCUACAGAUCUGAUUACGUGGCUCAUCCACUUCUGCCAAGGCCAUGCAAGGAAACGACAGCUAAACAAAAAUAUAAAAACUGCUUGACUUGGACGAAAAACCCAGAGCAUUCAGAUGAAGCUUCUGGACUCAUUAACCCCCUCAAGACGUGCUCGCUUACAGAGUCCAACUCCUCAGCCUACCUUUCAACGAUGCGUGCGGACUACACAGCGCACAAACACCACCCAAAAACCCAGCCUGUGCUUCCACCUACAUCAACCAAUGUGAAAAGCAACGCACCUUUUGAGGGAACGACUACCAUGAGGGACUCGUUCAGAGCUUGGGAUUUACCGCAGAGUCACCGCCUUAUCAACAGAAAGAAGAUGGAGUGGCCCAGGAAAAGUUCAAACCUAAAUCCAUGUGCCAAGUGUAGUGCAAAUACUCCCAGCGCUAACCUCACCAAGAAAACUCCAUAUCCAGUUGAGAAUGGAACCGUGUCUGGCUUUAAAUACAUCCCCACAGAGCCUGAGGAGACCCACAUGUACUGGGCCAACACUGUGGACGGGGGACAUGCUGGUGACGGACCACCACAGGCUCAUCAUUUACUCAACUGCACAGUUUCUAACCCAAACUAGUUUCUACCUUUUUUUUACCAGUAAAAGCCAUAAAUUACUCAAAUAUUAUGUAAUGGCAGCUAUUUUUAGAUUAAGUAUCUCACUGCUACUUCUCACCAUGUCUCAUUCUGAGUGUUAUGCAAUAUAUGUACAUAGAAAAUGAGCAUUAAACCACAUUCAGUUUGGAAAGAUUAACACAUUGGAUCUGUUUAACACCUGUGUUGAGUAAAUGUUAACACAUAAUCAUGAAAAAAAUAGGUUUUAUUACAAAGAACAGAAUGACAUUUUUCCACAUCUUAACUGGGAGAACUUAAAAACAAUUAUAUUUACAUCAUAUACAGGCUGACUAUUUCUUCUAAAAAACCCCAAAAUUUUAAAUUUUAAAAAACGUUGCCAAAAUAUCAUUAUGCAUAGCAGCAAUCCUCAUUAUCUUAGAUGCUCCAGAGCAAACAAAAAAAAUAAAAAACACUUUCUAGUUUUUGUGUUUCCAAUUAAUUAGGUUUAUAUUCAGUUCUCUUCCAGCUGAGUACACAUU